AUGAACCCGCACAUCUCUGUCCCCCGCCAACAUGCUGGUCCCGCCAAUUUUGGCUCUACGCCCCGCCGAGGCUCGGGUGUGCGCAUGCCACGCUUCUUCAAAAGACUAUUCAAAUUCCCUCAGAUGGACUUUGAAAUGGCAAUCUGGGAAAUGACCUCUCUCUUGAUUGCCCCUAAAAAGGUCUUUAAGUCAAUAUAUUAUCACGUACGUCGAUCAAACCUGCCCUUCAAACUGCCAACUGCUUCCUCCGUCAUGAUGCUAACCAGAUUUGAUAUAGAAACAAUACUCUCGAAUCCAGAGAACCUCUCCGCUGCUUGGUUGAUCUCCAACUUGAAUACUGACUCUCACUCAGAAACAAAAAACACCUGGCAUCGCCCUGAUCCCUCCUUCACAUACCUCCUCUCCUUCUUCCUCUUCGUCACAGCCUUUGCCUGGGGUCUGGCCUACACUCCUUCCUUCGGCGCCAUUGUGAAACUUUCGAUUCUAUUCGUUUUCGUACAUUUCAUCGGCUCCUCACUCCUGGUCUCAACCUUCGGCUAUUUCGUCAUCGGCCGUCUGUUCGGCCCUAACGGGGCAGCUGCCUCACUCGCCAAUCUGCGUGGAUCUCGAGGUCGUCGACGAGGUGCGGCUCAGGGUCUCUUUGCCCAGCCCGGUGAAAAGGACCAACUAGAAUUCGGAUACUGCUUCGAUGUUUCAAACCGUGCUUUCUUUCCCCUCUACCUCCAUCUAUACGUUGUCCAAUUCCUCCUGUUGCCACUCCUGACUCGCAGCCCGAGCAACUUCCUGGCUACUUUCCUUGGCAACACGCUCUAUCUCUCCGCCUUCAUCUACUACACCUACAUCACCUUCCUCGGAUACAAUGCCCUCCCAUUCCUUCACAAUACGGAGCUCCUACUCAUUCCCAUUCUGGUAUUUGGCGUUCUAUGGUUCAUUAGCCUGAUUGCUGGCUGGGGCGUCGUCAUGCAAGGCCGAGGUGUUGAAGGGUUGUUCUGGGGUGUGUAA